AUGGCAGCAUACCUCGAGGACUCAGACCCCAGCGAUCAUUUAUCUCGAUUCAACCGAGUAAUGACGGUUAUGAGGGUCAGCAAUGAUGCUAAAUGCUUAUGCUUUCCGCUAACAUUGAGUGGUUCCGCGGAAGAAUGGUUCAAAAAGUUGGAACAAGGAUCUGUGGAUUGCUGGAACAAGUUACAAGUUAGUUUCCGGAGACAGUUUGUCGCGGCGAGAAAGAUCAACCUCAAAGUCAGCGCCUUAACUAACAUCAAGCAACUACCCACAGAGACCUUGAAGAAUUUUAUAAAGAGGUUCAAGGAAGAAGCCUCAAAAACCAAGAAAGUUGAUGACGGACAGCAGCUUGCACUUCUUCAGACCGAAAUCUGUACAGGAACCCCAUUCUGGAACGAAUUGCAACAAGAAGGAGCUGCUAACCUCCAGGAUUUCCAGAAGAGGGUUCAAAAAUACAUUAAUUUGGAAGAGGCUCAAAUAGUGGCUUACGGAGGAUACUAUCCAACCAGAGUGGCCGGAUAUGCACCCGGAGUUCAGCUCUCAAGAGCCCUGCCUCCGGUUAAUCCACCAAUGAGCGGCAUACAGUUCUUCGCUACCCCAGGAUACAACCAGAGCCCAACCUUGGCUCCCGCAUCUUCGCAUUACGGGAACCCCUCAGGGAUGAGUGGACAAGUCCCGCCUCACUCUGCUCCUGCUGUGAGCCUAACUAGACCUCCUCAAAGCUCCCAAAGUAAAAGGUCCUUAAAAAGCAGCAACCGGAGAGAGGACAAGCGCCAAAAAAGGGGGUAUACUCCCCAAUACGCCCAGUACACAGAGUUGACGGACACGCUCUAG